AACUCACUCACACACUCACUCUAUUGAAGAGGAAGAAGAAGUUCUGUUCGCUUCGACCGUCUGGCUCUCUCUUUCUUCCCCCUUUCUCUCUCUUCUCUCCUCUCUCAUCCUUGGCAUUCCCCUUCUUUUUCCUUCCCUCCCCUUUCCCCUUCCGCCUUGACCCUGCCCCUAUCUACACCAGUGCUCUCCUCCACGUUGCUGUAGCCUUUUCGCGGCUGUGGCCAAGGGCUGGAGCUUAGGGAAUUGGUUGAUGUGACGUGCCGUGCGGGGAUGGGCAAGCCCGAGAGCCAUUUCGGACGCGAUUCGGCUUAGGUUUUGGCGGAGGACGGGUUCGGAGGGAGGAAAAGGAGGAAGAAGACGAGGAGGAGAAAGAGGAGCGUCGGAUCGCGAGGGUGAACAAAGCGCCGGGAGGAGUGCGUGCGUGAGGAGAUUGCGGACGAGCGUUGUCGGUGUUGUCGUUCGCCAGAAUGACUGUCAUCGCUGCACCCCCGGAAGAGGAUGAUGAUAUGCUGGUGCCUCCCCAGGACUUCAACGACGUUAUUGAACCGAUGGAAGUGGUAGGGCAAGGAGAAGGUGUUGCUACUGUGGAGAAUCAGCAUGUGGAUGACCCUCAAACGGGGAAAUUUACAUGGAAUAUCGAGAAUUUCUCGAAAUUAUCUCUGAGAAAGCAUUAUUCCGAAACGUUUACUGUUGGUGGUUACAAAUGGCGGGUGCUGUUAUUUCCGAAAGGCAAUAAUGUGGAUCAUCUCUCAGUAUACUUGGAUGUUGCUGAUUCCGCGCAGCUACCCUAUGGCUGGAGUAGAUUUGCACAUUUUACUCUGGCCGUUGUGAAUCCGUAUGACCCAAAGUUGACUGUCAAGAAAGAUACACAGCAUCAUUUUAAUGUACGCGAAAGUGAUUGGGGAUUCACAUCGUUCAUGCCUUUACCAGACUUGUACGAUCCAUCUCGAGGUUUCUUGAUGAAUGAUACUCUUAUCGUAGAAGCUGAUGUGAAUGUUCGUAAGGUGGUCGAUUACUGGGCGUAUGAUUCGAAGAAAGAGACAGGUUAUGUUGGAUUGAAGAAUCAAGGAGCGACAUGCUACAUGAAUUCUCUCCUCCAGACGUUGUAUCACCUGCCCUACUUUCGGAAGGCUGUUUAUCAUAUGCCAACGACUGAAAACGAUGUUCCAUCUAACAGCAUCCCUCUAGCCCUACAGAGCUUAUUUUAUAAAAUUCAGUACAGUGAUACUAGUAUUGCUACAAAGGAUCUCACUAAAUCUUUUGGGUGGGACACCUACGACUCUUUUAUGCAACAUGAUGUUCAAGAGCUGAAUCGGGUUCUUUGCGAGAAGCUGGAAGACAAAAUGAAGGGAACUGCUGUCGAGGGCACAAUCCAGCAACUGUUCGAAGGGCAUCACAUGAACUACAUAGAGUGCAUCAAUGUUGAUUAUAAAUCAACACGGAAAGAGUCUUUCUAUGAUUUGCAGCUGGAUGUGAAAGGAUGCAAGGAUGUAUAUGAAUCUUUUGACAAGUAUGUUGAAGUAGAACGGUUGGAGGGCGAGAACAAAUACCACGCCGAACAAUUUGGGUUGCAGGAUGCGAAAAAAGGAGUCCUAUUUAUAGACUUCCCCCCUGUUCUUCAGCUACAGUUAAAGCGUUUUGAGUAUGACUUUAUGCGAGACACAAUGGUGAAGAUUAAUGAUCGCUAUGAGUUUCCACUGCAACUAGACUUGGAUAGGGAGAACGGAAAGUACCUCUCUCCUGAUGCCGACCGUAGUGUUCGAAAUUUGUACACCUUGCACAGUGUACUGGUUCACAGUGGUGGAGUACAUGGUGGUCAUUACUACGCUUUUAUCAGACCCACACUCUCUGACCAGUGGUUUAAGUUUGAUGAUGAGCGAGUGACAAAGGAGGAGCCUAAGAGAGCUCUUGAGGAGCAGUAUGGAGGAGAGGAGGAACUUCCACAAACAAAUCCAGGUUUUAAUAACACUCCCUUCAAGUUCACAAAAUACUCAAACGCAUACAUGUUGGUGUAUAUCAGAGAGGCCGACAAGGACAAGAUUGUUUGCAAUGUGGAUGAGAAGGAUAUUGCAGAACAUUUGCAGGUGAGGUUGAAGAAAGAGCAAGAGGAGAAAGAAAGGAAGAGGAAGGAGAAGGCUGAAGCUCAUCUUUACACUAUCAUUAAGGUUGGACGGGAUGAAGACCUACAGAACCAGAUUGGAAAGGACAUCCAUUUCGAUUUGGUAGAUCAUGAAAAAGUUCGCAGCUUCCGCAUCCAAAAGCAAACCCUCUUUACGCAGUUCAAGGAGGAAAUAGCGAAGGAGCUUGGCGUCCCUGUUGAGUGUCAACGGUUUUGGCUUUGGGCGAAGCGCCAAAACCACACAUAUCGUCCUAAUAGACCACUUACUGAGCAAGAAGAGGCUCAAACGGUUGGGCACUUAAAAGAGGCCUCCAACAAGGCUCACAAUGCUGAGUUGAAACUUUUCUUGGAGGUGCAGCGCACCCCUGGUGCAGAAUCAGUUCCAAUGCCUCCUCCAAUUAAGACGAAGGAGGAUGUGCUUUUGUUUUUCAAACUGUACGAUCCUUUGAAGGAGGAGUUGCGUUACGUAGGUAGAUCUUAUGUAAAGGCAAGUGGUAGACCAGCUGAUAUUUUGGAGCGGCUAAAUGAGAUGGCCGGAUUUCCUCCGAACGAGGAGAUCCAGCUGUACGAGGAAAUCAAGUUUGAGCCGAAUGUCAUGUGCGAGCACAUUGAAAAGAAGUCCACUUUCAAGGCUAGCCAGUUGGAAGAUGGUGAUAUUAUCUGUUACCAGAGAGCUCUAACAAGGGAGCAGGAAUUGGCUUCCCGGUACCCUGACGUUCCAUCAUUUUUGGAGUAUGUUCGCAACCGACAGAUCGUACAUUUUCGUCGCCUAGACAAACCCAAGGAUGACGAAUUUUGUCUGGAAUUGUCGAAGCAACACACAUAUGAUGAUGUGGUCGAGAAGGUAGCAGAAGAAAUUAAAUUGGAGGACGCGUCAAAGAUCAGGCUUACAUCACACAAUUGUUACUCGCAGCAACCAAAACCACAACCCAUCAAGUAUCGGGGGGUUGAAAGACUAAGUGAUAUGCUCGUACACUAUAAUCAGACGUCGGAUAUUCUCUAUUUUGAGACUUUGGAUUUGCCCCUUCCUGAGCUUCAGGGUUUAAAAACCUUGAAGGUUGCCUUCCACAACGCGAAAACAGAGGAGUGCAUGCAGGUCUCAGUUCACAAUAUUCGUCUUCCCAAACAAAGUACAGUUGGGGAUGUUGUAAACGAGUUAAAGGGGAAGGUUGAGCUUUCAAGUCCUAAGGCGGAGCUUCGCAUUCUUGAAGUUUUCUAUCACAAAAUUUACAAGAUCUUCCCCUUGAGCGAGAAGAUUGAGAACAUCAAUGAUCAAUACUGGACGCUUCGAGCUGAGGAGGUUCCUGAUGAGGAGAAAGAACUUGGUCCUCAAGAUCGCUUGAUUCACGUGUAUCAUUUCACGCGUGACGCGUCACAAAAUUACAUGGUUCAAAAUUUUGGAGAACCAUUUUUCCUUGUGGUUCGUGAGAAUGAGACUUUGACUGAAGUGAAGCAACGUAUUCAGAAAAAGCUAGUGAUAUCUGAUGAAGAAUUCUCUAAGUGGAAGUUUGCGUUUCUUUCACUGGGCCGACCUGAGUAUCUUCAAGAUGGAGAUGUUGUUGCUGCCCGUUUUCAGAAACGAGACACUUACGGUGCAUGGGAGCAUUAUUUGGGGCUUGAGCAUGCUGAUUGUGCACCGAAACGGUCACAUACUACAAACCAGAACCGUCACAACUUCGAAAAACCUGUAAAGAUCUAUAAUUGAGGAGCUGCUUUUGGGUGUCUGCAACAUAAUUGAGGAUUGCGGAUGAGUUUGGUUUGGGUACUGCAGACCUCUUUACUCAGAUUCCUUGCAAUAAGGCGGCGGUUGUGGUGUGGUUGGUAUUGAAGUUGAAGAGAGUGCUCGGAAGGAUGAGCAGGAAAGAGGAAUAAUACGCUUCUACUGUUACUGGAAUUCACUAUGUGGCCUAUUAUAUACUCAUUCCAAGUGGUAUAUGUGCGUGUUUGUGAAAAGUUCUGUCCCUUUUCGCAUUAUGCAGAGUUGCAGUAGCUCCUUGUAUCGAAAUGAAUCACUUAUAGUUCUUGUGUAGUCUUUCACCCGAAUUCUUCCUCUAUACAUAAUAUCUAGCCUCAACGAUGACUUUCGCAUUUUAUCAGCACGCAGUUUUCUUUAAGGGCGUUCGGCGCUCUCAUCCUUGCAGAAUAUUAUGGGCACACAGUUGCUCAGUACACUCGUUAUAUCUCGUUCAUCUUAUUCCUUCUACUUUUGUUUCAAGAUUUCAGUGUUAGAUCUAGCGAGUGUUGUACAUGAUGUCAGUGUCACAGUUGGCACCUGAAAGCUCUUAUGCAGACACAAUCUAUGUGUUCACGUUGUUUUCAGUGAACGAUAUCUUUUUUUGAUUGAUUCAAAACUUGGUUUAGUCUUUGCUUCAGACUAUAUGCUGGACUGAGCCCGUAA